CACUCAGUGCGCACCUCGCAUGUUGUUGUUGUUGCCGUUGAUGUUGAUUUGUGAACCUGUGUUUGUGAACUUUUGCCGCUCUAUGCUCUAUAUACUUAGAGGCCCGACCCACAUAUUCCGCAAGAUUAACCUUCAUGUGGACAGCAUGUGCAUAUUCACUCACGGAGGUUUAACGUGACACAACUAACUGAAGAAACCAGGCAUGCGGUUCAACAAGCAGGAACUUGUUACCCUGGCUACACAGCCAGCUCAUAAAUUUGAUAAAGAAGGAGUUCUUUUACUACGGGAAAGGCAAGAUGGCUUUUUCAGGCGGGCAGAGAGUUCUGAAAAAGACAACAAAAGAGUCAAAAGAGCUAAGAGUUUGCGAGAUCUUAGUUGCUAUGGCAGUAGCAGCAGCAGGGACAAGAGCAAGAGCAGCAAAGAUGUGAAGUAUAAAGUCAGCCUUGAACGUUGGUGCCGCCUUAGAGGGAAUCUCCUUUUCUAUUUCAAAACUUGUGAUCAGUGGUCUGAGCCCUUGGGGGUCCUAGUCCUAGAGCAGUGUGUUGUUCAAAUUGAUAGUCCUGCAACCACACCACCUGAUGGCCCAUUUGGUUUUAGCUUAGUUUGGGAAGGAGGUCUUCGACAACACCUGGCAGCCCGCUCGGAUGGCGAACGUGCUUCAUGGCUCAAAGCUGUUGAAACUGCCAGCUACCGAAAUGUUCGUGCAACUUUUAUCCGAUUACAAAAAAUGCUGGAGACACGUAGAGACCAUAAUCCUGAUCUUGACAUUGCCAUGUGGAGAUUGCGGUGUGGAGUCAUUCUUGAUCCCUGCGAAUUACCAAUCUGUGAAGUCUCACUUGCUUGUGAUAAUCUGUUAUGUGAUGCUAAUGGGCGGCCACCAAAUGCUGUUUUAUUAGUGCAUGUGUACAUUCCAUCAGAUAGGGCUUGGGUCAGGUAUGCAAGGACUGAGGUUGUAGAGCGCAGCAGUAAUCCAAGUUUCCUGAUAACUGUAACCUUCCGAGUCUCUGAUGCCUUGGAUAAUGAUACCAGAGUUAGGGUCACAGCAUAUGAUGUGCGAGAAUCAGUCUCCCAUACAGCUCUUCCUCUGGGCUGUGCAUUAAUUUCUUUACGUUCUCUGGUUGGAAAUAAUUGCUCAAUGGGUGCUGAGGGUGGAAAACUGAGAGUGGCCCUUCGAUCUCUAGCAGGCACAACUGUUGGUUUUGUCAGUAUGAGUGGUUACCGUCUGGAAAGAGAUGAUCACCUUGGUGGCUCAAAUGAAUCCACUCCAUGUCGGCAACCGCAAAUCAGAGGCCCAGCCAUGAUGCAUCGAAGGUCUCAUUCACUCCCACCCAGAUUAGGGUGUAGACUGAAAUUGCCUCCACAUGUUCAUAUUAAUCAGCUAUUUGCAAAUCCUGUCAUACAAACCUAUCGUUUCCAUUCUGGCUUGUGUGGUGAUAUUUUUGUAUCAGAACUUAUGUCUGAAAGUAAACUUUGCUUUGCAUUUCCCUGCCAAUUACUAGCUCUGUGGAUUCAGGAGGAAAAAGAACUAUUACAAGAAGUGGCUGGCAUGGGUGAGUUACGAGAACCAUGGCAUUCUAGACAGUUGCAGCUCCUUGACAGACACCUUCAACUCCUGCACCUUUACAGUCAAGCUCAGGAACAUCUCUUAGCGCAUAAAGGUAGCUUUUUAAAACCUUCAUCUAGAAAGCAAGAUAGAUCUCUUGAAUUUGCUCCUGUUAACUUAAAUUUGCACCGAAUGUGGGCUCAGAGUGAUACACUUGGGAAGGCAGGCAUGUAUGACAUAAUAACAGUGGGAGCCUUCACUGCACACUCACAUCGAUCCAAAAAUGGAGGGCUUUUAAAGCUUGUUCAACAGCUAAAAGAGUCACCUUCUAAGGGUACAUGUCAAGGCACAAGUAAAAUGAACAUGGCUAGGGAUGCUAUCCAGGCAAUUAAGCAACUACGCCGAGAGGUUGUAGAAGGAAUGAGAGGUCUAGUAAGAUUAGCUGCUCUCAAACAAACUGUUGGGAUGUUACCUAUAUGUGAAGAUAUGAUAACCAAGACUCGUGCUCUUUUAAGCCUUUGGGAUUCUGGUUUGGUUGAGGAAGCUUUAGCAUUUGUUGAUGAAUAUAAAGUUGCUCCUCCAGGACCACCUGAAGAAGAUGAUUCAUCUGAAGAUACUGGAGCUCAUGACAGUUCUACUGAAAGUGGACAAAUUAAUCUCAACAUUACAAGACCUGCACAAUUAUCACCAUUCCGUCGUAUAACUCAACAGCUUCAUUUUGAGCUCAAGUCACCAGAUGUAGAUGUCUUAGCAACACCUGACUCUCCUCGUUGUACCCGCAAUUUUUGGGAUCUUUCUCGCUCUUCAUUAAAGAACAACAAUGGCACAGAUACUGUUUCCGAAAACCAAUUUGUGGCAUUUCCUGAUGCUGAAGAUGAUAAUGACCUGAGGGAUGAUGUGAAUGGAUCUGUUCCUAGCCAAGAUAAUGAGACCAAUAGAAAAUUUGCAGAGAAAACUAUUGGCGACAGCGCUGAAGACUUGCUCUCCAGAGAAACAGAUGAAGCAUUUGAUCAGUUGGAGAGUAAAUUGGGAGUCGAGUACGCGGAUGGAAGUGCAGACUGUUUGGACAUUGUGGAUGAAGGAAAUUCUGACAGUACAGACUGUCCGAGUAGUCGGCGCUGGUUCUUGGAUACUCGAGCCAUGUGCUCAUCUCCCUCAGCAAAUUACUACAAACCAACUGAAGAACCUGAACCAUGGGAUCUUACUCAAUUGAAUAUUGAGGCAAGUGUAAUGUGUCUUGUGAGCAAAGUAAAAUUUUUGUGUGGACGAUGCAGUUCUCCUGCUGUACGAUUACGGUCGUCAGGAGUAGUUGCUCGGUCUCAAAGCUUAAGAGGAAGUUCAUCUCAAGCGCAAGGUGGGAAACCAUCUACUAUCUCCAAACAAUUGUCAGAAAAUCCUAAUCUUGAGCAACCUAAUGAAGAAGCCUCUAAUGGACCAAAGGUUCGAAAUAAGUUUACUGAAGGGUUGGACCUUGGUACAAUGUCUGACUGGGUGUCAGAGUUACGACCCUCGAUGAGAAAAUUAAGAGCAGCAAUGGAUGGGUUACUGAAGACAGCAAGGCUGAUGCAUUCAGCUUUCCGGACUCGACAGGAUCCCAGGGCUGCUCAGAGGGAAUGUAAUGUCCGAUACAGGAGAGAUGUGUGUUUUUCUCAGGCACUCACUGCUUUAGUAACAGCUUUAUUGGCAAAAUUAUGGUGUCAGCGACCUGACCCUUCUUUCCUACUUGUGUUGUCAACAUUAGGCCCUAUAGCUGCGUUUGAAGGAUUGUUGUCAUUACAUGGCCAUGAGUUAGAUAUGUGGGGAGACAUGGUAGUUGCAGUUGAAGACCUUAGUACUGUGACAUUCACUCUUGUUCAUUCAUCAUCAACUUCAUCAAAUUCUCUAAAACAUAGAGGUCCUCAUUCAAGUGACAGAGUGGGGCCGACAUCAGCUCCUUUGCCGCGAGUUAUGGGAUCGAGGGCAGCCCUAACUGUUUUGUUACCGGUGCCUGAUGUUGUGCUGUCUCAGUUACCACAUCUAAGUGCCUCUAGGUCUACUCAACAGCAAUCAUGUAGAGGACCACUAUCUUUUAAAGUCACUCCUGUAUUCUUCAACAUUGGUAUUAAUGAACGAGCAACAUUAUCUGAAAGUCUAGGGCAGACAGCACCUCAACACCAGUCAAAUCUUGAUAACUUCAGUCGCCUUCAUGCAUACUUUUUACGCUACAGGAAGUUAAAACAACUAUCAGAUCACCAACCACAAACUUCUAGGAGAGGGGUUGGACUCAGUCAACGUGCUCUGAUAAUGUUGUUUGAUAAACUUCAUGGGUCUGUCCACAGUAAAGUCAGCAAAAAUGUUGAGGUACUUCAAUUGGUAUCUCGAAUAACAGUAGCGAUGCAAGGUUUGCGAUUUACAAGCUGCAAAAGUGCUAAAGAUCGAACUGGUAUGUCUGUGACAUUGGAACAAGUUAAUACAUUGAUUCAUGGCUAUGACUUGGCAGAAACAGAAGUGCAGAGAGCUCUUGAUUGUAUGCGGAGUGAAGGAUGCCGGAGAGAAAACACGUACAAAAACAUUGGAGUUCGGAAGUAUGCAUUUAGUCAGUUGGGGCUUAGCUCAUAUCCGAAACAGUAUAGACCACCUCCGGGAACAUAUGGUUCAGGGGAGACGUAAAACUUUGAGAACCAGAACCAAGUGCCAAAAUGAUCAAGCUUAAUGUGAAAAAUCGUACAUAGUUCAACAAGAUUUUUUUUCCCAUUUUUUUUUUCUGUUAAUGUAUGAGGUAAGAUAGGUACUGAAUAAUUGGAGUUAGUGGAUUCAAUCAGACUCAAUCACAGAAAAUGCAGACGAUCUUGCAUUAUUUCCCUUUAAAAAUUAAAAAAAUGAUAAAAAAGUAGAGAUGUUGAAAACAAGUACCUAGAUUAGUGUUAGUGUACUUAUUAAUUUAUGUUCAAAUUUACAAUACUGACAAUGUUUUUAGAAAAUUAUCAUCUUAAAAGUAUAGGUUUAUGAAUUGUUACUUAUUUUAUUAAUAUUCUAUCUUGUUAAGUAUUUAUAGGUAUAACUAGCUCAUGUUGUAUGUGAUGUAAACUUAUAAAGGCUUUGAUCAAGUUGUGUCAGAACAUUCACAGUUCAAGAGUUAAGUUAAAGUCAGUAUGUUUGGUGUUCAGAACUUUAAAACGUUUCCAUUACAAUGCAUCAAAUCGUACUAUACCAAAUAGUAAAAGAAACACAUCUUUCAUCUUCAAUUUUUUACCCAUAUUUUCCGAAUAUAGAGUUCCAGAAGAAACAAUUAACAAUUUCUUUAUAGCUGAUGUCUGGGUGCAUAUGUGUUGCUUGAACUUUGUACCUAGUUAAAAGUACAGAGGGACCUAUACUGUGUGCUUGACUUGAACAUUUUGAAACUUUAACUGUUCUUGUACUUAUUUUUCCUAGAUAGUUUUAGAAGAUUUGAACAAAUUUUUGUAGAGUGAGUGAUUUAGUUUAUGUUAUGUCAAUGUGAUAACUGAACUUUGACCAUUAGACCUUAGGCAUUAGCAUAUUAUUUAUUUUUUGUAGCACAACAAAUUUGAGCACAUCUCUUUUUAACAUUCUUAACUUUACAAAACAAAACAAAAAGUCAUUCAGAUCAUUUGAGCAAAUUGCAUAGACUCUUAAAUUUCACACAUUCUUGGUAUCUCUAGUGCCAAACAUUUGGACUUGCUUUAUUAGAUUUUUUGUAAGCUUUACUUUGGGAAAGAAAAAGAAAAAAAACAGCCUAUCCAAAACCAAAAUUGACCAGAUGGUAUCUAAAAGAGAGAAAGCUCAUUGAGCUUUAUUAUUAGAUUGUACAUUGUAUUUUAUUAUACAUUGUCAUCCAUCACACUGAGAAAAUUAUAUUCUACUAGUAGUUAAUAAUUAGGUUAAAGUAACCUGAAGAAAAAUUGUAACCCCUUAACAUAUCUCUCUUAAACAACGUCUUGUGAUUCAUUUUGUGCCAAUUCAUUAUUUGCAACCAUCAGUAUUCAUGAUAAAAAUAAAUUGAAAAUAAUAUACCAGUACUGUUAAAACGAAUUUUGUCAAAGUGCCACUUAAACAUCUUAAGCAGAGCAAAAUCUGCCAUAUAUUGUCCAAAGGUUUCCAUUGUUGAUAACAAAUAAAUCAUCUUUGGUGUUAAAAAUACAAACAAUA